AUAAUAGUAAAUCAGGAAAGAAUUCAACAUGAUAUAAUUAAUAAUGUUUAUACUAUACCAAGUGUAAUAAUUAUUGGUAAAACUUAUAUAGUUGAUCCAUCUAUUAGAAUAUGCACAUGCAUCACUGUAUUUGGAAGAUCACCUUGUAAGCACCAAGCUGCUAUUGUGAUUAAAUAUCAUAAAGGAUUAUUUAAUUAUUUUUCAGCUUUUUCUAUUGAUGAUUGUAUAACUUACCAUUAUAUUGCUUGUGAGACUAUCGCAAAAGAUUCUACAUUUUAUACAUCUUUACGUGCUUCUAUUAUAUUAGAAAAUAGUCAAAUUACUAAAGAAAAUGUCGAUCUUGCUUCUGAAGAUAUUCAUAAAGAUACACUUACUGCUGAUAGUGAUAAUUGUGCUACUAUUUGGUAA